GCCCUAGGGGUGGGGUGGUCAGGUCCCAGCAGCUCUUUGCUUCGCCCUCUUGUCCCCAGGCUUGGAGAAGUAGGUGAUGGACGAGGGGCUGGGUGGGUGGGCUCUGUUCUGCCUCCAAUGCCCUCCUACUCCUUGCUCCUCAGAUGGCUGCUGCACGCCGCUGCCUCUCCCUGCUCUUCCUGUCCACGUGUGUGGCUCUGUUGCUGCAGCCGCCGCUGGGUGCCUCAGGGGCCCCACUGGAGCCAGAGUACCCAGGGGACAAUGCCACGCCAGAGCAGUUGGCCCAGUAUGCGGCCGAGCUCCGCAGAUACAUCAACAUGCUGACCAGGCCCAGGUGUGUACCAGAGGGAGG